CUGGCAGGCUGUUGAGUGACGUCACGGAGCACAGGAAUGGCGGCGCUGGCUGAUAGAGGAAGAACCUCUAAGACCAUGAAACUUUAUUGCUAACACCAUUCACAGAAUUCGAAACUGGGAGGAUAAGUCAGAAACUUUGCACUGCUACAGAGAGGCCUAUUUCACUCCCUUGUGGCAUAUGAUACCAACGUCGGGAGUAGACUGCUGACUUGGGUAGCUAGGUAGCUAACAUUGGCUACCUGGCUAACGAGUAGCUAAGUUCGCUGAUAGCUAAUAAUAGUCAAAGCAAGCUAGCUUGUGCGCCUACUUCUAGGCUAACGCUAACUACCCACUUCAAUUGGAAACGUUGGUUUUUUGCUAUAGUUAACUUAGCUGUUUACCCGCAAGUGUACCAACAAGGCUAGGGUUAAGCUGGUAGUUUUAGCUGGCUAGGUAGCUAAUAAUCUAGCCAGACCGCGACGUCGUUAAUUUUGCUUUGGUAGCUAGUUUCAGCAGUUGGGUCCGCUAGCUGUGUAAUUAGCUAGCCAUCAAGCUAGCUAGCGCUAUCCAUAUCCUGUGCUACAAUGGAAAGUUUAACCUUAAGUGAUGUGGAGCAAAAAUAUUACUCGGAUUUAUUUGUCUACUGCGACACGGAGAACACCAAGAAAGUGGCCUCCAACGGCAGAGUUCUUGACCUUUUCCGAGCGGCCCAGCUACCUAACGAGGUGGUCCUGCAGAUCACGGAGCUGUGCGGUGCCACUCGCCUGGGCUAUUUCGGACGGAGCCAGUUCUACAUCGCGCUGAAGCUCAUAGCUGUGGCCCAGUCUGGGCUGCCGCUCCGCGCCGAGAGUUUGAACAGCGUGAAGGACCUGCCCCUGCCCAGGUUCGUUUUGGGCAAGAACGAGCAGGAGGCCCGACACGCCGCCCUGUACCCCGACUCGGAGAACCAGGGGCCCUACUCGGGCGUGAUCCCGCGCCCCCCCGGGCGGGUGCCGUCCAAGAAGGCGUCGAGCCACGAGGUGAUCCAGCCCUGCGCGCCUCCGGCCGAACCUCAGCCUGACACCACGUCCCCCGUGGUUUCCCCCCACCAGUCUCCGCCGGCCUCCCCCAACUCCUGGAGAAAGCACAAGCGACAGACCAGCGGCGGGAACUCUGAGAGACAGCCCGCGGUAGCAGGUGCCGUCUGGACGCCCUUCGGUGAAGCACAAUCAGGGCCGGUGGCAGGCGAUGCAAUGUGGUCUGCCCACUCUCCCCCUCCCGUUCAGGAAAGCUGGGUCAGUUUCACCGAUACUCCCCCUACCAGCACACUUCCACCAAUGCAUCCCUCGUCAGUCCAGGAGAGCACAACGGUCCGAACGGUCGCGUCUGCCGCAACGGCGAAUGAGCUCCAAAGGCAGUCCAGCAACUACGACGACCCCUGGAAGAUCACAGACGAGCAGAGGCAGUAUUACAUCAACCAGUUCAAGACCAUCCAGCCGGAUCUGAACGGGUUCAUCCCCGGCUCUGCAGCCAAGGAGUUUUUCACUAAAUCAAAGCUGCCCAUCCUUGAACUGUCUCACAUUUGGGAGCUGUCAGAUUUUGAUAAAGAUGGUGCUUUAACACUGGACGAGUUCUGUGCUGCGUUUCAUUUGGUGGUAGCAAGAAAAAAUGGCUAUGACCUUCCGGAAAAACUGCCAGAGAGCUUAAUGCCAAAGCUUAUUGACUUGGAUGACUCAGCAGAAGUCCCUGACCCAGUCCCAGAGGUGGGGUACUCCAGCUCGCCUGUGGAGGUGACCCCCAACAAAUCCCCCUCCAUGCCCUCCCUAAACCAGAACUGGCCCGAGCUCAACCAGAGCAAUGAGCAGUGGGAGACUUUUAGCGAACGCUCCUCCAGCUCACAAACUCUGACCCAAUUUGAUUCUAACAUUGCACCAGCUGACCCUGAUACGGCCAUCGUUCACCCCGUCCCCAUCCGCAUGACCCCCAGCAAGAUCCACAUGCAGGAAAUGGAGUUGAAGAGAACAGGAAGUGAGCACACACAUCCUACGAGCCCUUUGAUGGCUAAGCCCCCUGAGCUGUCGGAGGAGAAUAAGCUAGCAACUUCUAUGAAAUUUGUAGCUGCAAAUACCACAGGCGAUGGAUACAGCAGUUCCGACUCAUUCACAUCAGAUCAAGAGCCAAUAGGCAGUGUCGUAACGAGACAAAGAUCUCACUCGGGGACGUCUCCCGAAGGACUCAAAGCCGCGGCCCCGCCCCCGCCGCCCCCCAGGCCCCACGCGUCUCACUCGAGAUCCUCCUCGCUAGACAUGAACAGAAACUUCGCCGCCGUCCCCGCAGGGCAGCAGCCGGCCGCGGGCGUGGCCUUCCCCCCAGCGGUGCCUCCCCGCCCCCAGCCCUCGCAGGCUGCCGGCCCUCACGGCCACCGCCCGGUGGACGGGGACGGCCUGGCGGCUCACGCCAGCACCUCCCCGCAGCAGAUCCCCGAGCAGCCCAACUUCGCCGACUUCAGCCAGUUCCAGGCCUUCGCCGCAGAGCCCUCCGAGGACGGGGAGAAGCACCCGGAAAGCUCGCAGGCAGAGAAGCCGGGGGAACCGGCCGGCUCGUUGAGAACAGCGAAGGCGGAAGCUCUGGCGGAAGACCGAGCCGCGGCGGCUGUGAACUCGGCCAAAGGCUCCACGCCCCUUGCCCCCCCGCCAAAGCCCGUCCGCAGGAGGCUAAAAUCGGAGGACGAGCUGCGGCCGGAGACAGAGGAGCACCCGCAGAAGCCCAACGUCAUAGCGGCUGUGCUAGCGACGCAGCCCUCUAUUCCCAGAUCAGCUGGCAAGGACAAAAAGUCAAUCCAAGCCUCGAUCAGAAGAAACAAAGAAACUAAUACUGUGUUGGCCCGGCUCAAUAGUGAAUUACAGCAACAGUUAAAGGACCUGCUAGAAGAGAGGAUAUCCUUGGAAGUGCAACUGGAGCAGCUGAGACCGUUUUCACAUUUAUAACGGGGGAGGGGCAUCCACCACGCGUCUGAACUUUCUGCAAGGCCGCGAGAGAGAGAGCGAGCGAGAGAGAGAGAGAGCGAGAGACAGAGACCGUUAGAGUCCAGCCCGUCCCCUUCGAGGACUCUAAUGUUCACCCCCUAUUCCCACCCCGCCUCUGCUCCAGCAGGCUGUACAAAUGAACACGCCCCCUCCCCCCACCUCCCAGCCCACUCGCAGACACGAUUGGCCAGAGAGCACGUCGCUCCAGAGGGGUUCCGGGGGAAGGAAUGUUCCCAAUUGUGGCACUUUCAUUUCAAUUAAAUAAAAAAAAGAAGUAUAUAUUUAAAAAUGUCUAUCCCCCGCCCUUACCAGAGCAGUGCUUCCGGUUCCGCUUGGCAAGUCUUCAGUUGACAGGAGCGACAGCGCACAUUGCGGUUGUGGACAGCAGGUGGCGCACUUCAGCAAGAAGAGAGCCGGUCGGCUGAGCACCGGGCCGGACUGGAGGCCGAGGGAAGCGGCGUGGUUAUGAGUAACGACGGCCAGCAGUCAUUCAUGUUUAUGACUCCUCCCCCCUCCCUGCGCAUGCCGCAGUAACAAUGGAGGGUCUGUCCCAGCGUGCGUCCGGGCACCAGUUACUAAUCUCUGGCAUCAAAGGACGAGCUUUUCCUUUUGUUCCUGCGUCCCCAGCGGUUUUCUGAGAGUGACACGACAAAUUGCGUACCUUGUACAGUACUUGACCCGAAACAACUGCAUACACUUUUCCUCCUUUUUGUUGUUGUUUCUUCCUCUUUUUAGUUUACUUUUUCCACUUACACAGGCAUUUCCUGUAGCUUACACUGUACCUUACCUGCCUCAGUCCCACUCCGAUCACUGCGUUUCUCUCCUGACUGGGUAGAGAAGUGUGAAGCAAAGCUUAGAAUUAAAUGACUGCACCCCAAUCCCCCCAAAACCAUUUUAAUCUGCAUGUUUUUCAUGUUCUUACUGAGUAUAAGACAACUCAAAAAAUAAACCACUUAAUUUGCAUAAGUAUCUUAACUAGUAUGACUUAAUUUGUGUUGGUACCUAAACUUGUCUUUUGAGUCAUUUUUUUUUUCUUUUUAUUUGUUCGAUUUUUGCUUUGGAUUUUUUUUUUUCUGGAACUUUCCAUGUUUUCGGUUUCUUUUUCACCUGUACUCUAAGCCUUACUCCUGCCGUUCAGAUCUCCACCCUACUAUACUGUCCCUGUACUGAACCAAGGCGAGCCUUCUUUUCCCUGCUGUUCAGGUUGAUGUACUGUAUAAGGGGUAUGUUGUAUAUUGUAUGAUACACACCUUUUGAUCUCAUAUGUAAAUUUGCAUUAAUUGCUGACUAACAGCAAAUAUUCUAUUUAAUUGCUUAUAUUAUGGCUGUGGGAUCAUAGAUGUUUAACUGCAUGGAUGUCUCUGCAGAAUGAACUAGCAGCUGUGUGAUUUUUACACAAAAUAAAAACAGCACAAUAUUUUAA